AUGGCAACACCAGCCCAGCUAGGCCUACAAAACGCUACAUCCCCUAUUAUAGAAGAACUUAUCGCCUUUCACGACCACGCCCUCAUAAUUAUUUUCCUAAUUAGCUCACUAGUCUUAUAUAUUAUGUCUCUAAUGCUUACUACAAAAUUAACCCACACUAGCACUAUAAAUGCUCAAGAGAUUGAGAUAAUCUGAACCAUCUUACCUGCAAUUAUCCUUAUCAUAAUCGCUCUCCCAUCCCUACGUAUCUUAUACAUAACUGAUGAAUUUAUUAAGCCCUACCUGACCCUAAAAGCAAUCGGCCACCAAUGAUAUUGAAGCUAUGAAUACUCAGACUACGAAGAUCUAGCCUUCGACUCCUACAUUAUACCAACAUACUUUCUAGAACCAGGCGAAUUUCGACUUCUUGAAGUAGAUAACCGAACAACCCUCCCAAUAGAAGCAGACAUCCGCAUAUUAGUCUCAUCACACGACGUCUUACACUCAUGAGCUGUCCCCUCACUGGGCGUUAAAACAGAUGCAAUCCCAGGACGCCUAAAUCAAAUUACACUAGCCUCUAUACGACCAGGACUAUUCUAUGGGCAAUGCUCAGAAAUCUGCGGAUCAAAUCAUAGCUUUAUGCCUAUCGUCCUAGAAUUUAUCUACUUCCAAGACUUCGAAGUAUGAGCCUCAUA